AGUUUAAAUCGCGCUCUCUUAUAUUUUGCGAAAGUUUGGUAACGAUGACUGCGAAAAGUGUUCCGCAACCGAGGCUGUGUCGGAUAACAAAGUGGCCGGAUUUUGACGGCUACGGGUUCCACUUGCAAGCUAUAAAAAGUAAACCGGGUCAGUUCAUAGGAAAAAUCGACGACGAUUCGCCUGCGGAGAAAGCUGGCCUGAAGCAAGGUGAUAGAAUAGUCGAAGUCAACGGUGUCAACAUCAACAACGAGAAUCAUUUGCAAGUCGUCGAGCGCAUCAAAGCGAACCCUCAGACUGUGGAUCUUCUUGUCGUCGAUCCCGAAUGCUUCGCAUAUUACAACGAGAAGAAUAUGGUGAUCGAAAGUUCUGGAGACGACGUGCUACUUCUUGCGAAUGAAAUCAGAAAGAUUGCUUUGGAAGAGGAAGAAGUGCCAUCCGUUUCGUCCGAGUCCAUGGAAAAUCAGGCUGAAGAGAUCAUUCCCAAAAAAGUGCAACAGAAUGCGACUGUCGAUAAGGUAACACAGAGCACGUCUUUGACGACGAGCCCGGCGCCGGCGAACGGUUCCAGCGACAACGAGCUUAACUUUGACGGCAUUUCCGCGGCCGAGAUGCGGGCUCGUUUGGCGGGUCGCAAACGGCCGGACCCACGCCAAGAAACCUUGUCUGCGGCCCAGAAGCACCAAAUCAUCCAGGCUUUGUGAAUGUGGUUUAUUUUUAUUUUUUACCGUUGCCAUUCCAAUUACCCGCUUAUUAUUCUUGGCAAAGAAAUUUUUUUUAGAUGAUUAUUAUUUUCGCAUAUGCGUGUGUAACUGGUUCUGAAUUCUCGUUCUGAUGUGUAGCGUCGCCGUACAGAUGUUUCCAAUGUAAUCUUGGAAGAGUCAAUCAUCAGUCAUCGCGAGAAUCAGUGUAGGAGAUGGGUACGUCAUCUGCCACGAAAUCUGGAUCUACCGUAAUAACGUUAUCAGAUCAUUUAUGUAGAUUUUUGUAAUACUGUACCUUUCCAAUGACCCGCUUCUUUCUUACCUUCUUCUGGAUUGAAAACUUACGCAGGUAGCGGAAAGGGCAUCGGUUGAACUUUUUUGUUUAAAGAACAAAGAUAUGGUUGUGUCUCAAACUAAAAGAGGGACGAUCAAGACCAUAGUCGAGUGCUGCCCAAGAUAUGACCUGUGGGCCAGAUCCGGCCCACGUAGUCUUUCCAUCUGUCCGACUGUCCGUUCCCUAUAAUUUUUAAAGUUGUUUUUAACACUGUUCAAAAUGUGUACUGUAUUGGAAUAUAAAUUUCAAAAUUCAAAAUGUUGCUUCACCCUUCAAGAAUGGUACAGAGCUUUGCAUGAGAUUCAAUCUAUGGCGCUGCAUUAAAUACGAAACAUAAUUCAGUGAAGGAAAAUUUGGAAACUCGAAAAUUAUUGUCUUUCGAGGCCGCUCUCCACCUCUGCAAUGUGCCCCAUAGCCACAUCUGAGUAAUAAUUGUAAUAUAUUAUUACAAGUGAAUAGGUGCAUUUUCAAGGGCAGAUGACGCAUUAUUAUUCCAGCACGCGAAACCAGUGCAUGACUGAGUUUUCUGAACGGAAUUUUCCUCUUUUCCCCCACUAGAAAUAAAAAAAAAGUUUUGGACUACGACUGAUGAUGCGUUGAGCGAAGGUAUUUUUUUACGGCUUGUGGUGAUUCUGAAGUUUAUUUUUCCUGAAGUUAUGCAUCCUGUGCCUGCUUUCGAUUUUCGUGAAAAAUCCAUCGAAUGUUUCUCGGAUAGUCUUCCCAGAUUUCCGAAGUGAUCAUCGUGUUAAUGCAUCGAAUAUGCUUGAAACUACUGAAGUUCUUUGGAAAAAUGUUCUCCCUCUGAAAUCUUGAGAAUUCGUCUCAUUUUCUUAGGUAACAUUUUUCUAGCGUUACCUAUGACAAAAAGGAAUUUGAGUCGACCUUGAGGUGACUUUUCGAGACAAAGUCAAACGUCUGUGUUUUCUCGACUCGUUUAGUGCCUUUCUAACGCCUACGACUGGGGAGGUCCAAGUUUUACACAAAAGAAACGUAUCUUGCUAUCGCUGCUCAAGCUGCGGGACAAAUGGUUCCUGGGUUAUUAUCACGUUUUGGAUUGCUUUGGCUCGCGAAUUCACAUUUUUUGCAACGUAUCGAGUGUGACAUGUUUGGUUGGGUUGGAAUACAAAUUAGGGAAAUCAA